AUGCGUGAUGCGUGAUCACGUGGGAAGAAAAUGUGAACUUUGAAAUAGUGUUAGUGAGCAGCACAAGAGGAGAAGUGUUUCCGAUUUUGCACAAAAAAUGAUACGUCCAAUGAUAAUUCCAAGAGUAUUAUUCGCCUAUAUAGAUAACGGAUAUAGAUUUUAGUUGUAAGAAACAUUUGUGAACCUAACGAGCUCUUGAGACGAAUAGAAUAACAUUCCUUCGCGAAUUGUGCUCGAAAAUCCAAUAUAUAACCUGAACCUGAAUGCGAACUAACCUCUAUAUUUAAAUUAGGAAAGAAAACAAUUUUUAUAAGAUAAGAAACCUCGCAAUAUAUAUCAUCGUGUUUGAAUAAACGAAGAUAAUAUUCCAAUAUUAAUUUUUUUUCUUGGGGAAAGGUCCAUUGAGAAACCAUGUCAAAACGUAAAUUUGACGAUAUUGAAGAUGUAUCUAACAAGCAGCCACUUAAAAAUUCGUUGGAUUCUGAUGAAGAUGAUGACGAAAUAAACGAAGAUGCCUAUAAUAUCAUGAAUGAAAAUGAUUUUGAAGGCACAGAAGAGGGACCCUCAGCACCAGAAACAAAUGUAGGAUUUACAGCAUUUAAUAUGAAAGAGGAAUUGGAAGAAGGCCACUUUGAUAAAGAUGGUCAUUAUCUUUGGAAAAAAGAGAAACAAAUAAAAGACAAUUGGUUGGAUAAUAUCAAUUGGGUCCAAGUUAAACCUAGUUCCACUAUUGACAUACAAAGAAGUGCUAAACCAAGCAAAAGUCAUGGAUUGGGAGACAGCGAUAGCGAUGAUGAAGAUAUCAAGUUUGAUCCAAUUCCAUUAUAUAAACAGAUUUUAGAGUUUCUUAAACCUGGUGAAACUGUUUCUAAGACACUAUGUAGACUUGGCAAAGGGAAAAAGAAAUUAACCACAGCUGAAAGAUGGAAAAGGAAAAAGGAAGGUAAACCACAAGAUGAAGAAGAUUCAAAUUCUGUUGACAUAACCAAAUUAACUGAGCUAGCAAAUGAAUUAUUAACACGCAUUGGUAAUAUGGAUAUAUAUCAAGAAAGUUACGAAGAAAUAAAAAAGAAGAUUGAACAUGCCAACAAAUAUGUGCAUCCUUUGAAACAAGAAGCAGAACUGGAUAUGUUUACUGAUGAUUUUGAUGGACAGGAGAAGGCAAACCUGGAUAAUACUAAUAAUGAUAAGACAACAGACACAACUAGUGCAGAAGAAAGUACAUCUUUAGCAGAAAAUAUAACAUGGGACUUGAAAUGGUCACAGGAUGAAAAUGCAGAAAUAUAUGGGCCUCAUACUACUCAGCAAAUGCAUGCAUGGGCAAAAGAAGGAUAUUUCAAAAAGGGUGCAUGGGUCAGAAGAACCGGACAACAGAGUCAGUUUUAUAAUGCUGGUAGAAUAGACUUUGAACUUUACCUGUGACACUUCUAUAUUUAAUAUACACAAAAAAAUAUCAAUAAAAAUAAAUGCAUAAUUUGUCAAAAACAAAAGAUUUAACAAAUCUUAAAAUUUCAUAGAAGUAGUAUGUAUAAUAUUGUUAUAUAUAAAGCGUAUAUAUUAUAUAUUAAUAUGUAAAGUUUUCACACAUAAAAGUAACCGUUUAUUCCGCAAAUCUGUAUCUGUACAAAUUUACAAAAAGGAAAUCACGAUACAAGAAUCUAUUAAUAAGAGAUGUUCAAAUUGUUUUGAAUCUUAUAAUCCACAAUAUCUAAUUAUAAACAAAACAUUUUUUUUUAUAAUAAAACAUUGCAGUUCUUUUUAAAUUUUAUUAUAUUUUUUAUAAUUUUGUAAUUUUUACAUUUGUUUAAAAGAAAAUAUUUACUGAAGGAAACAAAAACAUGUUCCAUGAAUCAACAAAUUCGUGAGAAAUUGUUGCAUCUAAUAAAUAUUUAUAUGUAUAAUUUAGAUUUUAGAUAAAAAAAUUAAUUCCUGGAAA